AUGGCGUUGAGCUUUGAUCUCUAUUUUCGUUGUGGUGGAUAUUGGAGCAACAAAGACGAAUAUCAUGGAGGGGAAGUUCAUGAAGCCGGUAGAAGAGUAGCUGAUGGCUUUACCUUGCAGUCGAUUCUUACACUUGUGGAAUACAUAGGCUAUGAAGAUAACAUGAACCAAGUAUCAUGGUUUCCACCUGAAACUCCUGAGAAAAAAGAAGACAUUACUGAUGAUGUGAUAAUGAAAAAAGUGGUUCACUAUUCAAUUGGAUCUGGAGCAAUGAUGUUGUUUAUCGUCAGAGAAGAUGAUCCUUAUAUGGGUAGGCAUCGUAAUAUGAGAGGCUCGUUGAAUGAUGCUGAGGAUGAAGAUGAUAUCGGGAAUGAGAGUGCUAAUGAGGAUAAUACGGUGAAUGACUCUUCUAGUAGUGAUUUUGAGACUGAGGAGAGAGGUGGCGUGAUAGAGCAGGACGAUGCUUUUGGUGUUAGUGAUAGUGAAGCUGGUGAUUCGGUAGUUGAUGAUAAUCCAACAAUAUUUAUGUUGGGGCAACAAUUUUCGAACAUAGCAGCUUUCAAAACUGCUAUAACGAAAUAUGCUGUGAGGAAGAGAAGGGAUAUCAAGUUUGAUAAGUCUGAUGGUAAGCGUGUUGUGGCAAUUUGUUCGGAAAAAAAAUGUCCGUGGAGGAUCUCAGGUUCUAUAAAUAGCAGCAGCACUAGAGUUGUAGUCAGAGCAUACCAAGAGGAACACAACUGCACAUGGCAGGGUAAAGUGUCUUUGCUGACAAAUAGUAGGAUUGCAGAUAUCUAUAUUGAGGAAUUCAGAAUUAAUCCCAAUAUCUCAGCUACUCAGUUACAGCAAAAGCUUCAAAGGCGCAACAUUAAUGUGUCAGAAACAAUUUGUGAAAGGACAAGGCUGAAAUGCUUGCAGCAGUUUGAUGAUGAGCAAGCUCAGUCAUUUGCAAGGUUGUUUGACUAUGUGGAGGAGUUGAAAAGCACAAAUCCUGGAUCUACAGUUGAAUGUGAGGUGAGGCAAACACGAUUCUAUAGGUUUUAUGUGUGCUUUCAGGCGCUUAAAGAUGGGUGGAAAGGUUCUUGUAGGAAGAUUAUUCACAUCGAUGGUACAUUUCUGAAGUGGAGAAUGAAUGGAAUGUUAUUAGUUGCUUGUGGAAGGGAUCCUAACGAGCAGACUUUUCCUAUCGCAUGGGCCAUUGUGGAGGUUGAAAAUAAAGAUAACUGGUUAUGGUUUUUUGAGCAUUUGGUCGAGGAUCUAGGCCUAGGACUUGGUAAUGGUUUAACUCUAGCAAGUGACCAACAAAAAGGUCUUAUAUUAGCUGUUCAAGAUGUGCUGCCAUAUGCUGAGCAUAGGAUGUGUGCUCGGCAUGUCUACUCUAAUUGGAAAAAGAAAUAUGGUGGAGCUGUGUUUGAAGAUCUAUUCUGGGGUGCUGCUGAUGCUUACUAUAUGGCACGUUUUGAGAAGAAAAUGGAAGAGCUGAAGAAGAUUUCAGUCGCUGCAUAUGAUGAUUUGAAGAUUUCUCUGUCUUGCCCGUGGUCAAGAGCAUUUUUCACAGAAUACUCAUCUUCUGAUGCUGUUGAGAACAACUUAGGAGAAUCUUUCAAUGCAGCUAUAAGGAUAGCAAGAACAAAACCGGUUGUGGAAAUGCUUGAAGAUAUAAGAAGAAAGGUAAUGGUGAGCAACCACAAAAAAAGAGCUGAAGCUGAUAAGUGUAGGGCAAACUACACUUAUAAAUCAGUUGCAAAACUCGAAGAACAGAUUGAACUUGCAAAGAAUUGCAGUCCUUUAAGUUGUGGAUUAGGAGACUAUGAAGUUGGAUACUUCAAUGAUAGGUUUGUGGUGAAGAUGAGAGGCGACAUAUCUUGUACUUGUAGGAUGUACAUGAUCAGUGGAAUUCCUUGCUGCCACAUUGUCUCAGCCUUGCGUUUAGAAAAAAAUGCUGACCAAGACCCGAAAACACUUAUAUCUGACUGGUUCACCAUAGAGAAACUGAAGGCAUGUUAUGCAUAUCGUUUAAAGCCCGUCAAUGGCAUGAACAUGUGGAAGGUGACAACUAAUGUGACGGUCAAUCCACCUCCAUUUAAGAAACCUCCAGGGAGACCACCAGGUAAAAAGAGAAAGAGAGAUAAAGGUGAACCUAGAGAACCACCAAAGCACUGUGGGAGUUGUGGGCAAGAAGGACAUAAUAAGAAGUAUUGCAAGAGUCAACCUGUUCCGAAACCACCUAAGAAUCGACCUGGAAGGCCACGCAAGGAAGUAAUUCCACCUACUUCAGCUGCUCUAUUUAUUCAUGCACCAGAUGCUACACCUGGAAGCCGAAGGAAGUGGUUUGCCUCUACCUCACAGCCUGAACAUGAUGUCCCAAGCCUCUCAUCGGCACUCCCAAAACGAGGGCCUGGAAGGCCUAGGAAAAAGCUCUCAGAAGGCGUCUCCUCAUCUCAACCGUGA